CUCACGUGCGAGCAUCAUUACUGGUAAACAAUACUCACGAGUUACGACUUCAGAGCUCUGUCGAUGGAGCCUGGGAGACUCGGAGAAAAUAGGUACGCGCUUAUAGACAUGGCAGACGAACAACGCGAACCUCUUCUCCACGAAGACGUCAUCAUCCCGUGCUCGUCGUCCGACGGCCCAGAUGCAUCUACUCCCAGUCCCGCCAAUUCCAAUCAACGGCUCGCCUCUCUCGACGUCUUCCGUGGCCUCACCGUCGCGUUAAUGAUUUUAGUUGACGAUGCUGGAGGAGCAUUCCCUUCCAUAAAUCACUCUCCAUGGUUUGGUGUGACGCUUGCGGAUUUCGUGAUGCCAUUUUUCCUCUUUGGUGUUGGAGUCUCAAUCGGUCUAGCAUUCAAGAACAUUUCUAGCAAAACAACUGCUAUGAAGAAAGUCAUGCUAAGAACAAUUAAACUCUUUCUCUUGGGGCUGUUUUUGCAAGGUGGGUAUUUCCAUGGUCGUAACCAUUUAACAUUUGGAGUUGAUGUGGACAAGAUACGUUGGCUGGGUGUUUUACAGAGGAUAUCAAUUGGAUAUCUGUUGGCUUCAAUGUCGGAGAUCUGGCUAGUUAACAGGAUCACGGUUGAGUCACCAGCGGCUUUUGUGAGGAAAUACUACAUUCAGUGGAUAUUUGCUGUCUUGCUAUGCUCAAUUUACAUGUGCUUGCUAUAUGGCCUCUAUGUACCAAACUGGGAAUUUGAAGCUUCGAGCAUGAAUUAUUCUGCUUAUGCAUCUGGUUCUCAAAUUGUUCAUUGUGAGGUGAGGGGCAGUCUUGAGCCUUCUUGUAAUGCAGUUGGCUUGAUUGAUCGAAUUCUUAUUGGUGAACGUCAUCUUUAUCAACGUCCUGUGUAUAGAAGAACGAAGGAAUGCAGUGUUAAUUCUCCUGACUAUGGACCUCUGCCUCCAAAUUCACCUGGCUGGUGCCUUGCACCGUUUGAUCCAGAGGGCAUCUUAAGUUCAUUAAUGGCAGCUAUCACAUGUUUUGUGGGAUUGCAGUUUGGGCACAUACUUUUACAUUUUAAGUGCCACAUGCAGAGGGUAUUUUUGUGGACUAUGUUAUCGCUUCCUCUACUAAUUGCAGGAUAUGUUUUGGAGUUUCUAGGUGUUCCUUUCUGUAAACCACUCUAUACGUUGAGCUAUAUGUGCAUCACAGCAGGCGCAUCAGGCUUGUUCCUAACCAGUAUCUUUUACAUAGUUGAUGUCAAACUUUACAGAAAGCCUACAAUGUUACUAGAAUGGAUGGGGAUGAAUGCUCUCAUUGUAUACGCUGUGGCUGCUUGUGACCUUUUUCCGGCUGCUCUGCAAGGUUUCUAUUGGCGCUCACCUAAAAACAACCUGGUGGAUGGCACGGAAUUGUUAAUGCAGGCCAUGCUUCAUUCCAGAAAGUGGGGUACCUUGGCGUUUGUACUACUGGAAAUUUUAUUUUGGGGCCUCGUUGCAGGUUUCCUCCACAUGAAAGGCGUAUAUGUAAAACUGUAAAGGAAUAGCGUAUAUAUAUUGUAACCCCCUGUGAAUGACAAUUUUUUCCAUUCUACAUCA